AUGAAGAUCGAUACAGAUACUACAACAACUAGUGUAAAUAAUAAUUAUAUAAUGAUGAAUGGAAAUACAACAAUGACAAACAAGAAGAGAACAUCAGAGUUGAUUGGUAUCAAUAAUAAUGGCAGUCCAAUGGAUUGCUACAUGUUGGACAUCACCUCAUCAACAUCAUCAGAUGACACACUCAAUAAUACGAACAGAUUCAAACUGAUAAAGGUCGAUAACAGCACAUUGUUACCAAAGCCAAUCAUAUUCAAACAAAAGAAUGAGCAACUGUUGCUCAAAGAGAUCAUGAAGUACUUGAAGGUCACAUCAGAGAUAGAACUUAGCGACUUGAAUGAUACACAUAAGAUUGAGACGAUAAAGAUGAGAGAGGGACAUUUGAGCAGUGUUCUUGGAUUCAGUGUGUUGAGAGCAUUGUUGGAGGGAUGCAUUAAAGAGUCGAGAUGGAAUGUUGUGGCAUGUUUAAUGGCAUUGUCCAAUGGAGUGUCAUCAAUGAUGAUGCCAGAGCUCAUCGACACCAUCAUAGCAAAGAAGCAAGACCAUCUCAUACCAGCGUGCAUUCGAUCAAUGAACGAUAUCUCACUCGACGACAUUGUAAAGUUGAUAAAGCACUGUCUGGAACAACAGGGCAAGGCAGAGGAGGGCGCCGCCGCGACACUCGACUGCGUGCUGUCCUAUCGCCACGGCAAGGCGAUGAUGGUGAAUGCGCUGCGCUCACUGACACUGGAGCAGGUCAAGCAGCUGUGGCAGCACAUCUUUGAGCGUCUGCGUCCCUAUCUGAACCUCGAGGUGAUCGUGGCCAACAAGGGACAGACAGUGCUCACGAUGCAACAACUGAUCGAUUGGAUCUCACUGCUGUUGGAGAGUCACUUUCAGGAGUGGUCGCAGAGGAACUAUCCAUUCCUCGAGCCAUACUACGAGCAGAUCAAGUCACUACAUCAUGUCACCAGCAUGACUGGUCAAUCCAAGGCAUUCCUCGAAUUCAACCGUGUUCGUGGCGGCAACAACAACAACACCAGCAACAAUCACACUGACAAGGAUCAAUCCAAGGAUACCAACUACUCAAUCCACGUCUAUUACUUC